AUGGACCAAAAUCAGUUGAAGAUGGAUCAAAAGUUUGAGGAGAUUUUGGGUGCCAUAGCCAAAAGCCGACCAACAAUCAACAAUGAGAAGAAAACCGUGGAGGGAGAGCCUAGCAACACACCAGUUCUAUCCAUGGAGGAAACUCCAAGGGUUUACAGUGGAGCGUCGCACACUGAUACAGGAGGCUCAAGAACAGGAGGUGGUUCCGGCGGCGGAGGCGGCGACUAUAUUACCGGAGGCGAAUACAGAGGAGGGACCAACCGAAGAUUUCACAAACAUGAGAUGAUGUUGUUUGAUGGAACUAACACAGAGGAUUGGAUUUUUAAUGUAGAAAGGUCAUUAUGCUCAUAUGAAAAUGAAGAAACAAUGGAAGCUGCUAUGAGGUCUCGAGAGGGCAACACUUUACUUUUCUAUGAAUGGGAGCAUCGGAGGCAACCCAUACGAGAUUGGGAAGAGUUGAAGGGCCUUAUUCGUCGAUUCAGAUCACCCACGUCAUCACUACCAACGUUUCGGGAAUUGGAAGCAAGGAACAGGGAAAAUAGAGAUUCGUUUUUGAACCAGGAAGAAGCAAUCCGGGAUCGUCGGCAGCUAGCGACGUCUUCUCUGGUCGCCAAAUGUGAGGUAACGACUCUGUUAGAAGAAGACGUAACAGAGGUAACAUUUCUAGGGUUUCGCCAACCUGGGUUAAAAAUAGACAAGUGGGCUGAAAUUAAUUAUUUGGGCCAAGUCAAUAUGAAUCUUAUAAUGGGUUUAUAUGACAAAGUUGACAAGAGUGAAAGCCCGACUGAAGUUAAAGCAACCACUAAAAUUAAAACAACGACUAAACCCCAAUCGACAACCUAUUCACAGGAAGGGCACCUUCACAAUGAUAUCGCAUGUCGACUCAAAUAUCCAGACCGGUCCAAAAGGUUUCCUGAUCCCGAAAUCAAGCUCGAGUCGCUCAAAAUCUUCACCGGAAUUCUAGAACCCUACCUAGUUAACGUCAACAACGAUUUGCACCUAGAAGCUCGUUCUCCCACUAUAAAACCAGUCCUUGAGCCAUUCAACAAUUCAAAAAUAGUGAUUACUUCCGUUACAUCCCCCUCUAACUCAGUUCUUCGAUGGUUGGCUCUAGCCACUUCACCUACUAAGAUUGUUAAUGGGAAUUCCUUUUCACACUACCUCGUUGCUGAGAAAGUGAUUGCCACCAUAAAGCAUGAUGAUGAGCAAUACGUUGGGGAAUCCCAAGAUGGUGGUUCGUUCACAAUCACUAAGGACGUCAAUUAUGAGCAACUGGGUCGAAUGACUAAAAUCACCCUCUUGUUCAUCGAGAACCAGAAGGGUUACUUAGAGGAGAGGAGGAUCAAGUAUCUUGUGCAGAAACAUUAUGAAUUCAUCAGUUAUCGCAUCUUCCUAUGGACUGAGAAAAUUGUUGAAAAACAAAUCGGUAAUAAGGAAGACGAGGCUAAAAAGAAGGGUAAGAAUAAGAAUAACCUGGAGGUCUCUCACGAAUGGGAGCUCAUCAACAAACAAAAACCAACAUGGCUCUACAUACCAUAG